UUCACACACUCAUGCGUGAGGCGAGCGGAGCCAGAGACAAGAGCAGAGGUCGAACUCGGGAUCUGACAAGAUGGCCGGGCUGCCCCGCAGGAUUAUCAAGAAAACCCAGCGUUUGCUGGCAGAGCCAGUUCCCAGCAUUAAAGCAGAACCAGAUGAGAGCAGCGCCCGUUAUUUUCAUGUGGUCAUUGCUGGCCCUCAGGAUUCCCCCUUUGAGGGAGGGACUUUUAAACUUGAACUAUUCCUUCCAGAAGAAUACCCAAUGGCAGCCCCUAAAGUACGUUUCAUGACCAAAAUUUAUCAUCCUAAUGUAGACAAGUUGGCAGAAUAUGUUUUAGAUAUUUUGAAAGGUAAGUGGUCCCCAGCACUGCAGAUCCGCGCAGUCCGGCUAUCGAUCCAGGCUUUGUUAAGUGCUCCCAACCCAGACGGCCCAUCAGCAAAUGAUGUAGCGGAGCAGUGGAAGACCAACGAAGCCCAUGCCAUAGAAACAGCUAGAGCAUGGACUAGGCUAUAUGCCACGAAUAAUAUUUAA